CCAGAACUGCAAACCUUGGCUAUAGACUACAUAUUCAAUUUUUAACUAAAGAACUUCGAAACUAUGAACAAGAUUUGGAUCAACAAAAGGAAUUGUCAAGCUCAGUAAUUUCACGUCUUCAGUUGGAUUUAGAGGAUUCAAAGAGACAAAUUUCACGUAUGAAAAAAACUUUUCUACAAAGAUUUUCAAAAGAAGAUGAUACAUUAUUUUUAGAUUAUUUCUCAAUUUUCCCUCAUAAAUCAAAUGGUAGCAGUAAUGAGGGCACUUCGACUUAUUCAACCUCACCUUCAUCAUCGUCUCUAUUACUAAAUAGUAACCAUGGCUCUUUUAAUGGAUAUUCGUCAACAGCUAAUGCAGGAUCAGCACCAGCAUCAUUAUUAACAACUCCUUCAAUUAAUAAUAAUAAUAUAAAUAAUACACCAUCCUCCUCUUCAUCAAUAUCAUCAUUAAGAUCAUCAUUUCAAUCUCUAUCAAUAAACUCUUCACAAACUAUAAAUAAUGAUUUAAACUCUUCAUCAUCGAAACCAAACUCGCUAUCCUCAUCAUCCUCAAUAAAUAAUAAUACCUAUAACAGUGAUAUUACAAAUAAAAACAAUAUUUUAAAUAAUAGUAAUGAAAAGGUUGAAAUUGAACAACACAAUAAUUCAGAAAAGCAAACAACUCCUCCAACAAGUAGAAAGAAAUUUUUAGUUUUCUAAAAAAAUAAGAAAAUAAUACAAUUGUUAUUACUACAACACACAUAUAUAUUUAAAAAUAUAAAUAUCCAAAAAUAUUAUUUAUUUUGUAU